AAGUUUGCCAUUGCCUUCCCCUGAAGCUGAGUGUAUGCAACUUGAACAUAGUUCCAUGGGCUUCAUGAGCGAGUAGAGAAUUGAACCCAGGUCUCCAAAGUCGUAGUGCAAAACUCAAGCCACAGUGCCAUGUUGACUCUCAUUUCUUUCAGUUAGUCUCAGAAGGUGCUACAAGGCCCCUUUGCAUAGGGACAAGAGAGGUAAGGGAGAGCCAGCAAAAGCAGAGAAGCCCACUGAGUUUCUGCAUUGGUGUUGAGAGGUGCAAGAGGGCAGAGGCAAGGAGUAGAAGAAGGGAGAGCAAUGGGAUUCCUUGGUCCAUGUUCCUUGCAGUCCUUCUUGGCAAGCAUCUGCUCCCAGCUCUUCCAGGAAAAGGGUUUCUCCCACUGAGGAAAUGCAAAAUUGAGGCAGGGAGAUCUCACCUCUUUGAUAUGGGGCCAAGGUUAUGUCUCCUGCCCUUCCUGUCAAAGGAAGAAGGCUCUUGGAGCCGAGCAAUAAGCGUGUCCGGCCUCUGGCUCGGGUCACCUCCUUGGCAAACCUGAUUUCUCCUGUAAGAAAUGGUGCAGUGCGGCGGUUUGGACAGACAAUACAGUCAUUCUCCCUUCGCAGCGACAGCAAAUCGCCAGGCAGCAUUCAGAAGUCGUGCAGCCGGUCGGCUGCCCCAACACCUCCAAAAAGAAGAAACAGUGCACUUUGGUCCGAGACGUUGGAUGUCAAUAUGAAAGAGACACUGAGCACAAAAGAAAUCAAACGUCAAGAGGCAAUAUACGAAAUGUCCCGGGGUGAGCAGGAUUUGAUUGAGGACCUGAAGCUUGCCAGAAAGGCUUACCAUGACCCCAUGUUGAAGCUGUCCAUUAUGUCCGAAGAAGAGCUGACUCAUAUCUUUGGGGACUUGGAUUCCUAUAUCCCUUUGCAUGAAGACUUUCUUGCAAGACUGGGAGAGGCAACAAGACCAGAUGGUACAGUGGGUCAGAUUGGACCCAUCCUUGUGAAGUGGUUACCAGGACUGAAUGCCUACAAGGACUAUUGCAGUAACCAGUUGGCAGCUAAAGCUCUUCUGGACCAGAAGAAGCAAGAUCGCAGAGUCCAGGACUUCCUCCAGCGUUGCCUCGAAUCUCCUUUCAGCCGCAAGUUGGACCUCUGGAGUUUUCUAGAUAUCCCUCGGAGUCGUCUUGUGAAGUACCCGCUCCUCUUGAAGGAAAUCCUUAGGCAUACGCCGAACGAUCAUCCAGAUGUUCAGAUUCUGGAAGAAGCAAUCUCCAUAAUCCAAGGAGUCCUCUCUGACAUCAACUUGAAGAAAGGAGAGUCUGAAUGCCAGUACUACAUUGACAAGCUGGAGUACCUCGACGAGAAACAGAGAGACACACGGAUUGAAGCCAGCAAAGUACUCCUGUGCCAUGGCGAGUUAAAGAACAAGAAUGGCCAUAAACUCUAUGUAUUCCUUUUCCAAGAGAUCUUGGUUCUGACUCGACCUGUGACACGCAACGAACGCCAUUCUUACCAAGUAUACCGGCAGCCAAUACCUGUUCAGGAUCUGGUGCUUGAAGACUUGCAAGAUGGGGAUGUGAAAAUGGGAGGAUCCUUUCGAGGGGCAUUUGGCAAUUCUGAUAAAGCGAAAAACAUCUUCCGCGUCCGCUUCAGGGACCCCGCCCCAGGCCAGUCCCACACACUGCAGGCCAAUGAUAUCUUCCACAAGCAGCAGUGGUUCAACUGCAUCCGCUCCGCCAUCGCGCCCUACCAGCCAGCAGUUGUGCCUUCUGAGCUCAAAGAGCUGCCGGAGCUCAGUGAGGAAGUGGAAGAAAACAAUCCCUCCUUGUCUGGUGCCAAAAUCCUGAGGAGGCAGUCGACGCUCUCUGGCAGCAUUCAGAUGGAGCUCGAUGAGAACACACCAGAGGGCAACUCUGUGAUGGACACGAACGAGGAAUCCAAGUGUGCCAAGAUGUACCGGAUGCAUUCAGGGCUGCGGAGGACGCGGGAGAAAUGCCAGCUCAGUGGGAAACGGAAAGAGACCCUUGUCUAAAGGAGAUGGACGCCCUUCUCCACUGUUUAUUUAUAAAUAAAGUGUACAUUUUCUUUCCUUGUAAUGUGAGAAUGAUGGGCAGGGGUGGGUUACUCCUUCUGAAACGUCUGUGUGGUUUCUGUUUGUUGUUGUUUAUGUUUAUGGCAGCUACUGGUUUUUCAGCAAACCAUUUGUUGAACUGGAGUCUGUUCUGGGGGAGGAAAUUUAGGGCUUCUGGAUUACAGUGCGACUCUCCCACCUUUUUGAAAGUGUAUGAUAAAUAUCACUGCUACCACUGGAGUUUUCACUGGAAAAAUGGCAAAUUAUGACGGUUUGAUUCCCUGAGGAUUUAGAAAAUUUUGAAAAUCUACUUUUCUCCUGAGAUCAACACUGUAAAAUGAUUAUUUGAAAUAGACUUUCAGUGUGAUUCAGAUUUAUAUAUCAAGCCUAACAUGCUUAAUUUGGAGCAGUCUUAAUCAAAGCCAACAGGAUUACUCCAGUGUUUAUACCACAGAUGGGCCAUCUGAGACCUAAUGCCCACAUUUCUCAAGAAAACAGACUCUCAAGUUCAGCAGGUUUCCAUCUUCUUGACUGGAAUUGUGUAUUUUUUGUUGUACAUUCCCUGUGUGAAUUGACAUGAAUUGUCAAGUAUUUAAUCUUUUUUUAUUAUUAUUAUUUGAAUAAGUUUGUAGGGAAUUUUUUUUUUUGUACUUCGAUUUCAGUGGAUUUUUCAACAUUCGGAUUGGCUUCUCUCUGUCUUUUUUUUUUUAUUAUUAUGUAUUUGAUUUUGUGGAGUGUAUGCUAUGUAUAUUUAAAAAGCCAAUUUGAGUCUUGACCGGGUGAAGCAAAAGCCAUACGUUUUUGAGCCAUUGGGGAAAUGGGAGAACACAGCCCCCCCCCACCUCCCAGCUGAUCUGGGUUUCUUGUGCCUUUUUACAGUAGCUCUACUUUGGACAGGAGGAAUUGAGUUCUCAAACCUCCCACACACACACAAGAAAAGGUAGAGGAGAACCUAAAUGGUCAGCGGGUGGCAAUCUUGCAGGGGAUGGGGUGAAAUGAUUGAGGUUCAUUUUUAUGUAGCAUUUUGGGUUGACCGCCACAGGCCUGUAGAGCAGCUUGUGUGCUCUGAACUACUGAACGGAGAUCACAGUGAAUGCAGAAGGCUUAAGGAAAUGUUGCAGAAGGUUUAGGGAAGGCAGAAAAAGUAUCAUGAGUGCAAAGGAAGAAGCUGUUUUGGAGGGCAUCAAAAGAUACCUGCUGUUGGAAGCAAAAGAUGGUAAAAGUAUGUUGUGGGAAGGUUUGGGAGGUGACGGUAGAGGAUGUGGUAGUGGGAAGAAAAGGGAAACUGAGGGAGGCUAUGUUUAUCUCCCCCCCCCCCCCCCCCGGUCCAUACUCCCCAAGAAGGGAGAGCAGUUGGGUGUCUGUAGAGUAGCACAAAGUAGCUCUGAGCUGUUACCUGAAGCACCUUCCAAAAGUGGCCCAAGACUGAAAGGAGAAGGUGGCCAGGGAUGCUUUGGGUGCAGAAGAGCUUUGGGACCAGGAACAGUGCUGGGGAGGAAAUUCUAGGAACAAAUGUAAAUAACCAAGCCACUGUGGAUCUCUGUAAAUGUUUCUUUGUACAGUGCCAAAAGCGGAGUACAAUUAAAAGCUCUCACUGCA